UAAACAACUCUUUCGAUAGGGUUUUCCGGGUGUUAUCCGGUUAAAUUCUGCUGGAUAUGUGAAUUAUUUCAGUGUUUGCUGUUUAAGUAUGGAUGACACCGAGCGCCGUAUCCUCAGGAAACACCAUAACAUCUUAAUGGAAACAUUGGAUACAAAGUUUAUGAUUCCAUUUCUGUUUGAAAAAGAAAUAGUUUACGAGGAGGACUACCUUGAUGAUGAGCAAUGUCGGCCAGAACGUGUCAAGAAAAUGCUCUUGUUUCUGAAGGACAACUGUUCAUUUGAACAGUUUAUAGAAUGUCUGAGGCACGAAGAAAGCUAUUCCUUUUUAGCUGAUGUUUUAGAGAAAGCACUUUCACACGCCAGUGAACAAAAUGAUGUUGUCCAUCAACAGAGAAAGAUUAACCUUUUCACGGAAAGAAGGAGAGAGGUGGGAGAGUUCCGCCAUAAAAUGAAACGGUGUUCACUUGAAAAGGAUUUUGUAACUUUUCAGAAAUACUAUCAAAAGGCAAUCAAUGACUGGGACCAUAUAAAACACAACAGGACCAAGUACAAUGACCAGCAGCGACACAGAGCAGCAGACUUCUGUCACGCGGCUUAUGAUGCUGAAAUCGAGCGACGGCGGGUGUUUUAUGAAAAGAUAAAGUUAGAAGGUGACAUAUUGGACAAAGUACAGCUAAUGUCUGCUCACACAUCAUGUCCUAUAGCCCCGGAUGUUGUGUUCUUAACGCGGUUCUCAUCAGCUCUGGUGAUGGCGGGCGGAAGUCUAGAAGACGCCCUCACUUACAUAGAAGACGCAGAACAGACAAUGGGGCUCCUUCCAGCAUGUAGAGAAACGGGCCUAGUUCUCUACAGCAAGUUUAACUUCCUGUUGCUGAGACAUGAACGAGACGGGUCGAGGAUUGAUAAAGACGAACUUUCAAAACUUGGAAAUAUGGUAAUUUCACAUUUCAGCACAGAAUCAGACACAAUCAGCAAUGACUUCAGGAGAAUUUUACUGCUGAAGAAAGCACACACUUGCUUAGACAUGGGAGUGUUUCUGAAUGUCAUUGGUGAUUACGAGGUCAGAGAUGUUCACAUACAGGAGGCUGAGCAACUUUUGGCUGAAUUAUAGCGGCCAGAAUUACGGAAGAGGAUGGAACUACGGGCAAAAAUGGUUUAUACUGCUACUAUGUCCAGGCUGGAACAACUGAAGGGACCCGGAAAAUCUAUCAGAGCAAUUAAGCUUGCAAAAAAAGCUUUACGACUUGCUAAACAUGGAAAUUUCCCCAAAGAACAGCGUGCUAUUUAUUAUAAUUUAAGCAUGCUUCUCCGAAGAUAAGGCUUUCCUACCGGAACAUCAUCUCACAAUACUCCGAGGAUAAGACAUUCCUACUGGAACAUCAUCUCACAAUACUCCGAGGAUAAGACCUUCCUACUGGAACAUCAUCUCACAAUACUCCGAGGAUAAGACCUUCCUAUCGAACAUCAUCUCACAAUGCUCCGAGGAUAACACCUUCGGGAACAUCAUCUCACAAUACUCCGAGGAUAAGACCUUCCUACCGAACAUCAUCUCACAAUGCUCCGAGGAUAAGACCUUCCUACUGGAACAUCAUCUCACAAUACUCCGAGGAUAAGACAUUCCUACCGGAACAUCAUCUCACAAUACUCCGAGGAUAAGACCUUCCUACUGGAACAUCAUCUCACAAUACUCCGAGGAUAAGACCUUCCUACUGGAACAUCAUCUCACAAUACUCCGAGGAUAAGACCUUCCUACUGGAACAUCAUCUCACAAUACUCCGAGGAUAAUACCUUCCUACUGGAACAUCAUCUCACAAUACUCCGAGGAUAAGACCUUCCUACUGGAACAUCAUCUCACAAUUCUCCAAGGAUAAGACCUUCCUACCGAACAUCAUCUCACAAUACUCCGAGGAUAAGACUUUCCUACCGGAACAUCAUCUCACAAUACUCCGAGGAUAAGAUUUCCUACCGGAACAUCAUCUCACAAUACUCCGAGGAUAAGACCUUCCUACUGGAACAUCAUCUCACAAUACUCCGAGGAUAAGAUUUCCUACCGGAACAUCAUCUUACAAUACUCCGAGGAUAAGACAUUCCUACUGGAACAUCAUCUCACAAUACUCCGAGGAUAAGACCUUCCUACCGAACAUCAUCUCACAAUACUCCGAGGAUAAGACAUUCCUACCGAACAUCAUCUCACAAUACUCCGAGGAUAAGAUUUCCUACUGGAACAUCAUCUCACAAUACUCCGAGGAUAAGACAUUCCUACUGGAACAUCAUCUCACAAUACUCCGAGGAUAAGAACUACGAGAACAUCAUCUCACAAUACUCCGAGGGUAAGACAUUUUUACCGGAACAUUAUCUCACAAUACUCCGGGCAUAAGACCUUCCUACUGGAACAUCAUCUCACAAUACUCCGAGGAUAAGAUUUCCUACCGGAACAUCAUCUCACAAUGCUCCGAGGAUAAGACCUUCCUACUGGAACAUCAUCUCACAAUACUCCGAGGAUAAGACAUUCCUACUGGAACAUCAUCUCACAAUACUCCGAGGAUAAGACCUUCCUACUGGAACAUCAUCUCACAAUGCUCCGAGGAUAAUACCUUCCUACGGGAACAUCAUCUCACAAUACUCCGAGGAUAAGACCUUUGGGAACAUCAUCUCACAAUACUCCGAGGAUAAGACCUUCGGGAACAUCAUCUCACAAUACUCCGAUGAUAAGACCUUCCUACUGGAUAUCAUCUCACAAUACUCCGAGGAUAAGACAUUCCUACCGGAACAUCAUCACACAAUACUCCGAGGAUAAGACCUUCCUACUGGAACAUCAUCUCACAAUACUCCGAGGAUAAGACCUUCCUACCGAACAUCAUCUCACAAUACUCCGAGGAUAAUACCUUCCUACCGGAACAUCAUCUCACAAUGCUCCGAGGAUAAGACCUUCCGACUGGAAUACCAUCUCACAAUACUCCGAGGAUAAGUAAUUAGACAAGGGAGAUUAACACACAGAGUAAUGACAAAACUACGCGGGUAUUUUGUAUUAAUUCAUCCCGUUAUCACUUUGAAGAAUGACAUAUAAACAAGAGAACAAUCAUUGGCUGACAAAUAAAAUUUGUUAUGGAGGUAAUAAAAGUAACUUCAAAUUGAUUGAUACAUUAUACCAUUACAAUGUAGUAUUCGGGAUAUGAUAGAUUAUGCAUUGAUGAAUGUUUAUGAUACCUCUAAGUUGUAAGAUUCCGAUAAUACAUUGUGUGUAGCUCCA